AUGAAUUCUCUUGAAGGAGAACGCGAAGAAUUUAUUAUGCCAAGAUUAACUCCAAUAAAACGAGGGCAAAAGCAAAUAAAUGUUCUUGAUUCUCCUAGCAAAGUUCAGGCAAGAAGUCGUCUUGGAUCUUUACUUGGGCAAAUUAGAAAAGGAGAAAGUAGCCAAACAAAUUCUAAUGAAUUACAAAAUUCUAGAGAUCAACUCGAUAUUUAUGAAGAAUAUGAUUCGAAAACAGGCGGAAGCAUUCGUAGUAGAAAAAUGAGAAGAGAAAAACGCGUUGUUUUUGAACUUCGUGGAAAACCUUUUGGUUUGCGUGACACUGGUCGAAGUGAAAGUAUUUAUGCUCUUUGUAGAAAAUGGAUGUAUGGAAAGGAUGACGAGCCUUUAGAUCAAGAGAGUGGAUAUUUAGACGAACAAGAAUACGAGCCACAUUUUAACAAAUCUUUGGAUUUAAUGGCAACUAGAGAAAUUAAUGCUUUACCUCCACCUCUACAUGAAGUACCUUUAAUGGAUCCGCGUCCACAAAAAGUUAUGCGAUUUGAACCGCCAGCGAAUGAGGAAAUUACUAGCAAAGAGAAAACACUUGAAGAAUAUAGAAGACACUGGAAACGAGUAAAAAAGAAUUGGCUUGAUUAUAAUCAGAAAAGACAACUUCGUUACAAAAAUAGUUUGCAAUUACUUCGAACAGUUUAUGGAAUUGCACAACAAACACAGGUCCCAUAAAAGAAGGGAAUUAAUUUGAAUAUGUAAUAAGUAUUUUUAUUUUGUCGUAUUUACAAUUUUUUAAAUUGGUUAUUUGCGAUUUAAUAUAUUGUGAAAAUUUAAUAUUUGCGAUUUGUUAUAAAAUAUUUAACGAGACCAUGGAAAUUGAAAUAAAUUUUCGAAAGUAAUUUUGAUAUUUUUUUAAUUUCAAUGACAUUUUUGUUUUGAUGAUAGACUUAAAAUUUAAAUUCUUCACUACCAAUAAGUCAAAACCCCUCCCUACUCUUUCCUCACAUUUUUUAAUUACCCGGGUUUAUAAAAACUAUUUUAAAGAAAAAAUGAAG